GAUGCUCACAACAAAGGACAGCGCACCGCGGAGAGGCUGUCAUUUAAACACUGCUCCGUACGGGGAGCGACUGUAACUCACAACUCCACUAAAGACGGGGAAAAAUAAUACAGUUCCUCUCUGGCUUCCAUUUUAUAUUUUUUUCGUGCUUCGUUUUUAAUUCAAAAGCAGCUCAUGUGAGGAGAAAUUUGGACGAAAUUUCUUUUUUUUUGUGUCUGUAUUUGUGCUGGUUGUGGGGGGCGCUAGCUACAGCCUGCUAGCCCCUGCAAGUUGGGCAAAAGCAGGUAAAAUCUGAGAGGAAAAACUCUUAGGUCUGGCCGAGCGGAGACUUGAGGACAAUAAGAGGACUUCAUCAUUGAUAACACAGGCAGGACAAGUGGCGCUGCGAGGGACGGGCACAUGAGGCAUGAAAGGGUGGAGCUGAGGCUCAGCUGACCCUUCCCCUUCCUUCUCCUCUCCCCCAGUGAGCCAUUGGAUCAGCACCUCCCCCCCUCCUCCUCCCUCCCCCUCCUUUCCCCUUCCUGCCUCCCAUCACCCUGCCGGACUGCACCCACACGUUCUCCCACCUCCUCCUCCUACUCUUCCUCCAAACCUCAAUUAGCCGUGCCCAAUGUACUCCCCGGAGCAGGAAAACAUCUCCACCACCGCCUCCACCAAAGUGCCAGUGAAGUACGGAGAGCUCAUUGUGCUGGGGUACAAUGGCUCUCUGCCCAACGGGGAUCGAGGCCGCCGUAAAAGCCGUUUUGCACUUUGUAAGAGACCGAAGGCAAACGGGGUGAAACCCAGCACAGUUCACAUCGCCUGCUCUCCACAAGCAGCCAAGGCCAUAAGCAACAAAGACCAGCAUAGCAUCUCCUACACUCUGUCCAGAGCGCAGACGGUGGUGGUGGAGUACACCCAUGACAGCAAUACAGACAUGUUCCAGAUCGGUCGAUCCACGGAGAGUCCAAUAGACUUUGUAGUGACCGACACGGUGGCGGGCAGCCAGAGCAACGCAGACACCCAGUCGGUCCAGAGCACCAUCUCCCGCUUCGCCUGCCGCAUCAUGUGCCAGCGCACGCCGCCUUACACCGCGCGCAUCUACGCCGCGGGCUUCGACUCCUCCAAGAACAUCUUCCUCGGGGAGAAAGCUGCUAAGUGGAAGACGUCCGACGGCCAGAUGGACGGCCUGACCACCAACGGCGUGCUGGUGAUGCACCCUCGCAACGGCUUCACCCAGGACUCCAAGCCGGGCGUCUGGAGGGAGAUCUCGGUCUGCGGCAACGUCUUCACCCUGCGAGAGACCCGCUCGGCCCAGCAGCGGGGAAAGAUGGUGGAGACGGAGUCCCAGGAGCUGGUGGACGGCUCGCUCAUCGACCUGUGCGGGGCGACGCUCCUGUGGCGCACGGCGGAGGGCCUGUCGCGCACGCCCACCCUCAAGCACCUGGAGGCGCUGCGGCAGGAGAUCAACGCGGCGCGGCCGCAGUGCCCGGUGGGCUUCAACACGCUGGCGUUCCCCUCCAUGCGCCGCAAGGACACGCCGGACGAGAAGCAGCCCUGGGUCUACCUCCACUGCGGCCACGUGCACGGCUACCACAACUGGGGCAACCACCGCGAGGAGCGGGAGGGCCGCGAGGGCCGCAGCCGCGAGUGCCCCAUGUGCCGGGCCAAGGGCCCCUACGUGCCGCUGUGGCUGGGCUGCGAGGCCGGCUUCUACGUGGACGCGGCGCCGCCCACCCACGCCUUCAACCCCUGCGGCCACGUGUGCUCCGAGAAGACGGCGGGCUUCUGGAGCCAGAUCCCGCUGCCGCACGGCACGCACACCUUCCACGCCGCCUGCCCCUUCUGCGCCCAGCAGCUGAGCGGCGAGCAGGGCUUUGUCAGACUCAUCUUCCAGGGGCCCCUGGACUAGGAGGGCCCCCCCCCCCCCCCCACACACUCCCCCUGAAACCCCCCCGCGAUGACCUUUACAAACUCUUUUUCUGGACUUUUUUGUCUCUUUCUCAUUUUUAAGUGACCUUUGUAUUGCUUUUUUCAUGAAUGACGACAAAGAUUUCUAUAUUUUCUUGUGAAACCAGAGACACAAAAACCAAACAAAGAACACUGCUGGAUCUAAAAACAAACAAACAAAAACUUUUUCUUUGUUUCUGGGAAAGGACUGAAGAUCACAGUAUUUAUCUGAAUUACUAACAUGCUGCAGAGCAAACACUCGGCUUUCACUCAUGUUUAUUGUUGCAAUAUACAUCCGUGUACAUCUCUUAGAGCUAAUUUAAACAAAGAUGUUUAUUUAUGGCCAUGGCUUCAUCCUGCAGCUCCGGUGGUUAUUUAGCCGUUUCAUCCGAAACGUCACUAUAUUGUUAUUCAGAUAUAAAGUUGUCGGUGUGUUUCUGAGGGUUUGGUCUCCGACCCGCGUUCACCUGUCUGAUCGUAUUUAUACCUCCAUCCUCCCCUCAGCGUGUGCGUGUCCCUGCCCCCCCAGCUCUUCUUCUGUCCCUCGCCUCGCCUCACCUCGCCACGGCCUUCCUCACACUCAAAAGCAAUAGAUUUGGAACAGAAACCUCCUGAGGCAUCAUGGGAAACAGAGUCCCCCGGUGGGUAGUGGGGGUCAGCAGCCAAUCUCUCCCCAACACAGCUCAGCCAUGAAAGAGCAGCCAUGUAGCGCACACACACACACACACACACACACACACACACACACACACACACACUGCAGAGCCAUCUUGGUGGACGUGUGUGCUCUCUGCUGGAUCUGGUGUAAAAUAUUAUGGCUGCAAUUAAAAAAAAAAGUAUUUAUUAUUCUCAUAGUUUACUCAUCACUACAAGGGCUAAACAGAAGAACUUUAAUUCCCACGUUUCAACCUUUAUAAAUAAAUGUCUAAUUAAUAUUUCUCUGUUUUACCUGCAGAGGGUUUAGUUUGGUCACUCAUUCAGUUUAAAAGUAAAGAAUCCGGUGAUGGCAAGAGAUUUUCUUUUAAAACAUUUAAAACAAAAACAUUUUGUCGCAAAAUGUGGAAAUGGUUCAUCAAUUGUCCACAUGGUGUCAUGCAUCAUGAAAAAUGUGACAACAGUGCAAAAGAAUUGAAGCCAUAAACAGGGAAGUAUGUCUGAAUUUGGUCGGUUUCAUAUUUUUUCAACAGAUCCUUCAUGAAAAACUGAAAGUUUUCAGACGUUGAUCCUUGUGAACACUGAGGGUGUUAUAAAGGGUUCAUUCAUCAUGGUGAGUUUUGAGGCUGCAGAAGUUAACGGAUACAUUAAUCUGAGGUUAACUGGCUACUGAUGGACCCCUGGAGGAGGGAGGGGGGUCUGGCCCCGCCCCCCGGCCCCCACCAGGCUGAGCUGGAAACGACCGAAGAGAAUCUGGAAGUAGACAUGGACAGUGAUAUGAGAGGAGAAGAGGGAUGGAAGUGAGGGGGAGUGAGGUUGCAACAGAGAGCAGCCCUGAUAUUCUGCACAGGAUCGCACCAAGCAGAGCCACGUGCACGUCCAGCACGGUGGUCUGACCACACACACACACACACAGCUGCAAAUGAGACACACCCUCCAACUGUAGACACCACAAACAGAGCCUGGACUGCUCACACACACACACACACACACUCACACACAUACACAGCUGAGCUCUGAACACAGACGUAUCUUCAGGUAUAAGUAGCGUGGGUGUGUGUGUGUGUGUGUGCAUGUGUGUGUGUGUGAGAGAUUGUAAUUUAUGCAUUAAGAUGAUUGUAUGUGUGCAGUUUGUGUGUCCACACUGUAGCUCUCUGUCUAACCUUCAUCUGUAUCCUCAGAGUGCAACACAACCACUCACCUCAGGGAGAAAAUGUAACACCCCACACACACACACACACACACACACGCACACAGCUAAGGUCUUCUGAGGAUACCUCACAUGUAAUUCUGUAUUCAGACAUCCGUGUGCUGCCUUUUGGUUUUGUUUCUCGGACUCUGUGGCUGAAGUGUGAUUAAGGGCUUCUCACCUUCUCUGUGCUGUUCUCUCAGCCCUGAUUUUUUUACUCACACACACUCACACACUCACCUGACUGUCCCGCCGCCCUCCACGCGCUCCUCUUCUCCUCUUUGUGCUUGUAAAAGGCGAAGAAUGUUUCCAGCAAACACUUUUUUGUAACUUCUUUAAACAAUAAAGUGUAAAAGUGACUCGUUU